GCAUCGGGAUCGAGAGUGUAACAACGUGAAAACCAAACCAAAAUGUCGACCUUGGCCCAUGCUGCCGGUGUUGUGUGUCGAAAAAAUUGUGUAUUACAACUUACAAAAUGCCAGCGUUGUAUUGUCCCACAUCGACAGAAGCAUAUCUGGGGAAAUAUUCAGUACAGAGGAUUGAGUGAACCACUCUUCAAAACACCACAGUUACAUGCCAAGCAGGGUCGGAAUUAUUCAGAAAGCCAACAACCUAAGAAUUUUUUUCAAAAAUUCUUUGAGCAGGUACAAGAAGACCUAAAAAAGAACAAAGAAAUAAAGGAGAACCUGAAGAAAUUCAGAGAUGAAAGAAAAAAGUUGGAGGAAGCUGAUGCUUUAUUGAAAGCAAGAGAAAAAUUUAAAAAAGUUCAAGAAGAAACAAAAAAGAGUUCCACAGUCUUCCAGAAAACGUUUGAGGAUGUAAAAGAAAAGGUUUCAGAGACGGUAGAGGAAGUCAGUAAGUCUGAGUUUGGUAAGAAGGGUAAGGAGUUUACGGAGGAGCUGGGGAAGACGGCUGGUAAGGCGAGGGAAACACUCAGUAGUGCCGGGGAGAGCUUGUCCAAGUCUCAACCAAUGAAAAAGGUGGCCGAGGGUGUGAAAACAGUUUCAGAAGAACUGGAUGAGCUUGCUUUUUCCAGGAAUAAAAUAUAUAAAGCUCCAGAAAAACUGAUGAAAAGAACUGAAUUACGGACCAUUAUGAAAGAGGAGAAAGAAAUUAAAGUGGAUGAUGAAACAAAAGGAGUGACAGUUCACAAGGACUCAAAGUUUUAUCAGAGCUGGCAGAAUUUCAAAGAAAACAAUGCUUAUUUAAACAAAAUGUUUGAGUUAAAGAUGAAAUAUGAUGAGAGUGACAAUCCUGCCAUCAGAGUCACACGGGCACUCACAGAUUUAAUAGGAAAAGCUCUAGGUACUGUAUUAACACCAUCUACUCUGAGUGAAACCCUGACAGAAAUCAACAAAUACGACCCAUCAUUUACACCGGAAGGAUUCGCAGCAUUUUGUGAAAAUGUUGUUGUACCGAACAUACUAGAGGCCAUGAUUAGAGCUGAUUUAGAAGUUUUAAAAGACUGGAUGCACGAAUCUGCCUACAAUGUGACGUCUUCUAUACUUAAGCCUUACAUAGAGGCCAGAUACAAACCAUGCUCACAGAUUAUUGACAUUGGCCGGGUGGAUGUUCUUGGAGGUCAGGUUAUGGAACAGGGACCAGUAUUACUUAUACAAUUCCAUGCCCAUCAGAUUGAAUGCUGGCGGGAUUUUAAACAGGAAGUGGUCGUUGGUAACCCAGAGGAGAUUGUGAAGAUGACCUACACAUGGGCUCUAUGUCGAGACCAGGAAGAACUGGACCCCAAGGCCGCCUGGAAACUGUUGGAAUUCAGUGCCAUGAAAACGAACGUCAUCAUCUAGGAGUUUUAAAAAACUUUAAAUAGAGCGUUUUAACACAUCUGCAGAUAAGAUUGGUGCCAAACAUGACAAAAUUUCUCUCCAUGAACAAUUCAAAGGGAGAUAAGAGAUGCCAGACCAGGGCCCUUCCUGGCCGUGUGACUGUAGGUGCGACACUGGUAACUCUGCUUACAAUGUGUUAAUUCUCUGGAGAACGUCCCCUCAUUAACUACUGCCCUGAAGGGAUGUUAUAUAUCUGUAAGGUGUGAUAUUUAAUGACAGUAUAUGAGGGAGUUUUGUAAACAUAUUGAAUAAACAGUGUGGCUGAUUUAUUAUGAAAUCUUCAUUCAAAAAUGCAAAAAUAUCUUGGACAUAUCCCUUUACUUUUGUUUGUUGAUCCAAUACACACUUGUUAAAGACUGGGAUGUACCGUAUGAUAAGCUUGUUUCAGUCCUAAACUACAUUUUUAGUUUUUGUAUGUAAAUUGUAAUACAUGUAUGACUGAAUAUAAAUGAGUAUGUAAGAUUUGAAAGACAGUGUUGUUUUCUGUGAUAACAAUCUAGGGAUGCUGUAUUCUAGCAACUAUUUUAAGAUUUUGGUAUGUUUGUUAUGAAUAAGUUAUGUAUCGGUAUGAUGACUGAAUUACGACUGUUUCUGCAAUGAAGUAAUACAGCGGUAACCAUGCAUGUACUAGCAUGCCUGUAAUUUGAUGAAAAUAAAUCAGUAAUGUGU